GGGAGGAGGGGGCGGGGAGGGAAGCGGAGGCUGGGGAGCUCUAGGCCGGCCGGCGGUGGCGGCGGCAAGGCCGGGACUCGGGCUGAGAGCCUGCUGUGGCGGCAGCGGCGGACGCUGAGCUCUGCAGCGGGUUUCUCUGGAAACCCCCCUGGUAAGUGUGGAGGAGGCGGGACACUCUGACCCAAGACAAAAGGCCUGUAGCUCCAGCCAAAGAAAAUAAACCUUAGGGAAAAGGAAAAAAAAAAAAAAACAAAACAAAACAGCCCGUCAGCUGUUCCUGAGAACAGCCUGCAGUGGAAUCUACAGAGAGGACAACCAAUGUGAGUGAGGAAGUGACUGUAUGUGGACUCUGGAGACAGUAAGUCACGUGGGCCUUGAGGGCCUGGACUGGGUUAGCAACAGUUGUACACGCUGAGGUGAGGUGCCGAGAAGGGAAAAGUGAAUGUGGUCUGGAGAGAGGCCUUGGCUUCACAGGGUGUGCUUUGCUCUGAGGCCAUCCGGGAGCUCAGCCCCUGUGUUCUGCCAGGGUGGGAUACAGGGUUUGGCCCUGAGGAGGGUAACUUGCUGGCUGGAGCACCAGAGCAGUGGCCUUGAUUUGUCUUUUGGAAGAUUUAAAAACCAAAAAGCAUAAACAUUCUGGUCCUUCAGCAAUGCUUUCUCUGAAGAAAUACUUAACGGAAGGACUUCUCCAGUUCACCAUUUUGCUGAGCUUGAUUGGGGUGCGGGUGGACGUGGAUACUUACCUGACCUCACAGCUUCCCCCGCUCCGGGAGAUCAUCCUGGGGCCCAGUUCUGCCUAUACUCAGACCCAGUUCCACAACCUGAGGAAUACCUUGGAUGGCUAUGGUAUCCACCCCAAGAGCAUAGACCUGGACAAUUACUUCACUGCCCGGCGGCUCCUCAGUCAGGUGAGGGCCCUGGACAGGUUCCAGGUGCCGACCACUGAGGUCAACGCCUGGCUGGUCCACCGGGAUCCAGAGGGGUCUGUCUCUGGCAGCCAGCCCAGCUCAGGCCUCACCCUCGAGAGUUCCAGUGGCCUCCAAGAUGUGACAGGCCCAGACAACGGGGUGCGAGAAAGCGAGACGGAGCAGGGAUUCAGUGAAGAUCUGGAGGAUUUGGGAGCUGUAGCCCCUCCAGUCAGUGGAGACCUAACCAAAGAGGACAUAGAUCUGAUUGACAUCCUUUGGCGACAGGAUAUUGACCUGGGGGCUGGGCGUGAGAUUUUUGACUAUAGUCAUCGCCAGAAGGAGCAGGAUGUGGAUAAGGACGUGCGAGAUGGAGCGGAGCAGGAGGACACCUGGUCAGGCGAGGGCGCAGAAGCUCUGGCGCGAAACCUGCUAGUGGAUGGAGAAACUGGGGAGAGCUUCCCUGCACAGGUGCCUGGUGGGGAGGACCAGACGGCCCUGUCCCUGGAAGAGUGCCUUAGGCUGCUGGAGGCCACCUGCCCCUUUGGGGAGAAUGCUGAGUUUCCAGCAGACAUUUCCAGCAUAACAGAAGCAGUGCCUAGUGAGAGCGAGCCCCCAGAUCUUCAAAACAACCUCUUGUCUCCUCUCCUGACGGGGACAGAGUCGCCAUUUGAUUUGGAGCAGCAGUGGCAAGAUCUCAUGUCCAUUAUGGAAAUGCAGGCCAUGGAAGUGAACACUUCGACCAGUGAGAUCCUGUACAGCGCCCCUCCUGGAGACCCCCUGAGCACCAACUACAGCCUUGCCCCCAACACUCCCAUCAAUCAGAAUGUCAGCCUGCAUCAGGCGUCCCUGGGGGGCUGCAGCCAGGACUUCUCACUCUUCAGUCCCGAGGCGGAGAGCCUGCCUGUGGCCGGCAGCUCCACGCUGCUCCCGCUGGUCCCCAGCAACUCCACCAGCCUCAACUCCACCUUUGGCUCCACCAACCUGGCGGGGCUCUUCUUCCCGCCCCAGCUCAACGGCACCGCCAACGACACGGCAGGCCCUGAGCUGCCCGACCCACUGGGGGGCCUGCUAGACGAAGCCAUGCUGGACGAGAUCAGCCUGAUGGACCUGGCCAUCGAGGAGGGCUUCAACCCCGUGCAGGCCUCCCAGCUCGAAGAGGAGUUCGACUCUGACUCAGGCCUCUCCUUGGACUCCAGCCAUAGCCCUUCGUCCCUGAGCGGCUCCGAAGGCAGCUCUUCCUCCUCCUCCUCCUCCUCCUCCUCCUCCUCCUCCUCUGCUUCUUCUUCAGCUUCUUCCUCCUUUUCUGAGGAAGGUGCUGUUGGGUACAGCUCGGACUCUGAGACCCUGGAUCUGGAAGAGGCCGAGGGCGCUGUGGGUUACCAGCCCGAGUACUCCAAGUUCUGCCGCAUGAGCUACCAGGACCCGUCGCAGCUCUCCUGCCUGCCCUACUUGGAGCACGUGGGCCACAACCACACGUACAACAUGGCGCCCAGCGCCCUCGACUCCGCCGACCUGCCACCGCCUGGCGCCCUCAAGAAAGGCAGCAAGGAGAAGCAGGCCGACUUCCUAGACAAGCAGAUGAGCCGGGACGAGCAUCGAGCCCGAGCCAUGAAGAUCCCCUUCACCAAUGACAAAAUCAUCAACCUGCCGGUGGAGGAGUUCAACGAGCUGCUGUCCAAGUACCAGCUGAGCGAGGCCCAGCUGAGCCUCAUCCGCGACAUCCGGCGCCGGGGCAAGAACAAGAUGGCGGCGCAGAACUGCCGCAAGCGCAAGCUGGACACCAUCCUGAACCUGGAGCGGGACGUGGAGGACCUGCAGCGCGAUAAAGCCCGGCUGCUGCGGGAGAAGGUGGAGUUCCUCCGGUCCCUGCGGCAGAUGAAGCAGAAGGUCCAGAGCCUGUACCAGGAGGUGUUCGGGCGGCUUCGGGAUGAGAAUGGGCGGCCCUACUCGCCCAGCCAGUACGCACUCCAGUACGCCGGGGACGGCAGCGUCCUCCUCAUUCCCCGCACCCUGGCCGACCAGCAGGCCCGGCGACAGGAGAGGAAGCCAAAGGACCGAAGAAAGUGAGCCUGGGAGGAGAGGGGGGUUGACGCUCACCGGGAUGGAAACUGGAGAAGGGCUGGGCCUGGACCUGGACCUACAGUGGGGACUUGAAUGCCUUCUUAUCCAACAGAUCUCAGAUGGGAUGAACUGCCGGUCAGUGGACAGGAAGAGGAGGGCGCAGGCGCUGUCUGGCUCAGCUUCCCCCUGUGGGGCGGGGAAGGGGGGCGGAAGCAGCCAGACCGUUUGGGUGGACAGGGUCCUCACCCCUGCUGUUUCCUUUGAGGGAAGGGGUGGUGCUCGCAUUGCUGGAGGCCGACCAAGGGGAAAGGGGGGCAUCUUGUGAGAGGAAAGUCAUAGAAAGUCUCAUUCCUGGAAAGAAGAAAGGAGGGAAGGGAGGAAAGAAGGGGGAUUGGGAAAAAAAAAAAACAAAAACAAAAACCCAAAAAAAAUCAAAGCGGGAAGAAAAUCAAAGGGCAGGUUAAGGUUGGCUCUGCCAGAGUACCAGAGGGCAGGUUUAGGUGGGACUAGGCCCUAGGCAGGAAGAAUCCCCACUUCACCCCAGGGGAGGGUGGAACACAAGGUAGGAUCUGGGAGGGGCCUUGUGGGCUCUUUUAGCUCCUGCCCUGUGGAGCCCCAAUGGGGAGCUCUUGGGUGUGUCCUGUAACGUUUUCAUUUGUAGGGGAGCCAUUGGGACCCAACACUCGCUUGAGGAGUUAGGGUCAGAGAGGGAACAGGAAAGGGUCACGAGGCCCCCGUGCCGUGUUGCAGCAGCCCCAACACCAAGCAUGUCCUUCACUGCCCUGCCAUUCCCAUCUCCCUCUGUGCCCGGUCCCCCCUGAGCUGAGGCACCCACGUUUCCAUCCGAGCCUGCAUGCGAAGGCUGUUCUCUGCCCGCCUGCGUGCCCCUGCCCCUCCCCGCUGCCUGGAGCUCUUCUGCAGCUGGGGCGCUGGCAGUGCCCCCAGUGCUGAGCCUGUGGCCUCCUGGGGGCUACUCUGAGGCAGGGGGAUGAUGUGGACAAGCCAGGCAGUAUUCAGCACAAACUGGGGAGUGACACUUCCCUCGGGCCUCCCCUACCAACAACUGGGCAUGUCACUGGAAGACAAAAA